AUGGAGCCGGAGGAGGAGCGGGGCCGGGAGCCCCUGCUGGGUGCCAGGACCAAAACGCUACCCCGGGCCCUGCGGAAGCUGAGCCCCGGGGAGCAGGAAGGCGCCGCGGCGGCCACAGAUGCGAAUCUGAGAGUGGUGGUCAGGGUCCGGCCGCUGACCUGCGCGGAGUCGCGCCGCGGGGACCGGCGCGCCGUGCGCAGCCUGGGGGACAGCGCCGUGCAUGUGAGCGCCGCCCGCCACGACGCCACCUUCGGCUUCAGCGCCGUGUUCGACGCGGGCACCUCGCAGGAAGCCGUGUUCGAGGGCAGCGGCAUGAGGGAGCUCGUGGAGUUGGCCGUAGGCGGCUUCGCCUGCACCGUCUUCGCCUUCGGACAGACGGGCUCGGGGAAGACCUACACGCUCAUGGGGCCGCUGGCGCAGAGCGAGGCCCGGCCGGCGGCCCCGUGCGCGCUGGGGCUGAUGCAAAGGUCCUUCGCGUGUCUGCUGGAGCAGAGCUGGGGCGCUGGCCUGGCCCUCAGUGCCUCCUACGUGGAGAUCUACAACGAGCAGGUCAGGGACCUGCUGAGCCCGGGGCCGCCGUGUGCCUUACCCCUGCGGUGGAGCAAAUCCCGGGGCUUCUACGUGGAGAACCAGCUCAGUGUGGAGUUCGAGAGCCUGGAGGCCAUCACCGCGCUGCUCCUGGAAGGCUCCCGCAGGCGCCGCAGCUCCGCGCACGCCCUCAACAAGCACUCGAGCCGCAGCCACGCUCUGCUGACCGUGCACGUCCGCAGCCGGGCCCACGGCGCCGGCGGCAGCAAGCAGGGCACGCUCUGCUUCGUGGACCUGGCCGGCAGCGAGCGCGUCAAGGACACGGGCUCCACGGGCGAGCUCUGCGUGGAGGCCAACAACAUCAACCGCAGCCUGCUGGCGCUGGGACACUGCAUCUCGCUGCUGGCCAAGCCGCGCGGCAAGCGGCCGCACAUCCCCUACCGCGACAGCAAGCUCACGCGGCUGCUGGCCCGCGCCCUGGGCGGCUCUGGCGUCACGCUCAUGGUGGCCUGCGUCUCGCCGUCCUCGCGCUGCCUCUCGGAGACGCUGAGCACGCUGCGCUACGCCAGCCGGGCCCGCAGCGUCACCACCAGGCCCGUGCUGAACACAGUGCCCCGGGAGCGGCUGCUGCAAACCUUGGAGGAGGAAAUCCAGGCGCUGCGGCUGGAAAACCUCUCCCUGCGGCAGCAGCUGCGCGUGCCCCGGCCGCCCGUGGGGAGCACGGAGGGCGCCCCGGGGCCGUCCACGAGGGCAGCGCCGCGUGGCAGGCAGCAGCCUGCAGCGGUGGGCGAGGGCGGCACGGACGGGGUCCUGCGGAGAGCCCCGGCCUGGCCCAGCGUCUACAGCCUCCUGCGGGACUUGGUGGUGGAGAACGAGCAGCUGAAACCACCUCUCGCCUCCGGCUGCCCCCACUGCCCAGGGUGCCCCCCGUACGGCCCUGACGUGGCCAGUGCCACUGUGCCCCAGGUGUGGCCAGGCGCUGUCCCAGGAAGCGCCAGCCUCCCACCACCCGGCCAGGAGGCUGCGGCUCUGCCCGACUCCCAUCAGCUGCCCAGGCACCCCCGGUCCCGCCGGGCAAAGCGGAGCCAGGGCAGCACCAGGAGCUCAGCCCAGCGGCACCCGCUCCCGAGGGAAAACUGCGACCAGGGGGUUCCGGAGCGCAGGAGCAGCCCUGAGGGGAAAGUGAUCCCUUCGGCCCCGCCGUGGCCGGGGCUGCCGGAGCCGAGGGCAGCCGCCGGAGCACUCCCUGUCCUGCAGUGGGAAGAGGCCCCGGCCUGGCUGGCGGAGCAGAUCUGAGCAGCCC